GAAAAAACCCCUCGGUCCGCAAACCGAUCAAAUUGAUCGGAGAUUAGUCGCUCGUUCAGAAGAUCUUUCUUCACCAAAUUUGUUCCGUUAGAUAGCCGAGGGGUUUCCUUCUAACUGAUUUUGUCACUACUCAAUUGAGCGUCUUUUUUCCAGCAUUUUAUGACUUUGGAAAUGGAAUCAAGCAACGAUCCUGAGAAUCAGAUGAUGAUCGAAGGAAAUAUCGCUCAGAAUAUGAAGAUUGAUCCGGAGAGAGCUCGGUUUCCAUGUUGCAUUGUGUGGACACCUCUUCCUGUUAUUUCCUGGCUCGUUCCUUUCAUUGGUCACAUCGGCAUUGGCAGAGAGGAUGGAGUAAUCUUAGACUUCGCAGGCCCCAAUUUUGUGUGUGUCGACAACUUCACAUUUGGCGCAGUCGCUCGGUAUCUUCAAAUCAACAGCGACAAGGUACCAAAAUCCAUGCAUGAUACUGUGAUCGGAACCUCUUUCCCUACUUUUUUGGCUGAUUUUGUUGCAAUCGAUAUGCAGUGUUGUUGCAUUGUCACUCACAGAAGUGAAGAAGAUGAAUUCAGAGAAGGAGAAAUUUCAACAUGGGAUGAUGCAUUGCGGAGGAGCACUCAAGAGUUCCAACACCGAUCCUACAAUCUCUUGACAUGCAAUUGUCAUUCCUUUGUGGCUAAUAAUCUGAACAGACUUGGGUUUCGCACAGGUGGAUGGAAUGUGGUGAACCUUGCUGCUCUGAUCUUCCUCAAGGGUCGGUGGGUCAGUAAAGGAGCUGUAAUCAGGACGUUGUUACCAUUUGUUGUGGUAUUCAGUAUUGGACUCGCACUGGGCGGUACUACUUUCCUUACCUUCUUGGCAUUCUUCAAUGUCUUCCUGGUUGGUUGGUUCAUUCUUGGUACUUAUGUCUUCAAAAACUUGGUUCAGUUGUAAUGUUUCAACAUUUUUUACAUUCUGGAUGCUUUCCUUCGUUGUAUUUGUACACAUCCUUGUUAUUUUGUUGUG